AUUAUCACUACUUGCCAUUUGAGGCCAAGAAGCCAUGUGUCUACUUCAUAAGUUCGUGGGGAGAUCAGACCUUCAGGCUCCAUUGGUCCAACAUGCUGGACAAAAUGGCAGAUAACCUAGAAGAAAAUUUAGAAGAAGUAAAAGAAUUGAUCAAAAUUUCAGAGGAGGAGUCAGAAGGGAAAAUAAAGACUGCUCUCAACAACUUUAUCAGUCAAAGCAGUGCCUUCAUCUCUCAAGCAGAAAAGAAACCCAAAAUGUUGAACCAGACCACUUUGGACAAGAAACGACUCACAUUAUGUUGGCAAGAACUGGAGGCGAUGGCCAAUGAUGCCAAAGGACUCAUCCAGCAGCAAAAGAAGAAGAUGUCUCUAGAUGAAUUAAUUAAUGAAGCUCAGAACAUUGUGGACAAAAUCCGGUUCUUGGUUGAUGAGCCACAACAUACGAUCCCCGAUGUCUUCAUUUGGAUGCUCAGCAAUAAUAAACGAGUGGCCUAUGUGAGGAUUUCAUCCAAAGACUUGCUCUAUUCCCCUGCUAAUGAGCAGAGGGGAAAACACUGUGGGAAACUUCAAACUCACUUUCUGAAACUUCCAGGAAGACGUGUGGCAGGUUGGACUGUGCAAGGAAAGGUGGAUGUAUACCUUUGGCUAGGCUCUGCCAAGUACUCCGAUGCCAUUUUGGACAACUUGCCUAUAGGAUAUGAAGCUGAGAUACCAACCAAAGCCAGUGGUACCAGUCACCCCCCUGCCAGUCUGACCUACCAGGCCCAGCACAUCUUCCAGUUAAGAGCACACAUGUACCAGGCCAGGGGACUCAGAGCUGCAGAUAGCACUGGACUCUCUGAUCCCUUUGCCAAAGUCACCUUUCUAUCACAUUGUCAGACCACAAAGGUUAUAUCCCAGACACUAUCCCCUACCUGGAACCAGAUGCUACUGUUCAACAACAUCUCACUUUAUGGGGACCAAAAGGAAGUGGCUGAAUCCCCACCCCUAGUUGUGGUGGAGCUCUAUGACAGCGAUGCAGUGGGGAAACCAGAAUAUUUAGGAUCUACUGUGGCUGCUCCUGUUGUGAAGCUUGUAGACCAUGAAUAUAAACCACCUAGACUUUCCUAUCACCCAAUCUUUUGUGGCAAUCUUGAUGGAGGAGACCUCCUUGCAGUAUUUGAACUCUUUCAGGUUCCUUCCUCAGGCCCACAAGAUCUUCCUCCUAUUGACCAACCCGAUGUUGCCCAGAUCUAUCCUGUCCCUGCCAACAUCCGUCCUGUGCUGAGUACUUACAGAGUAGAGGUUCUCUUCUGGGGUGUUCGUGAAAUGAAGAAAGUCCAGUUGCUCUCAGUGGAUCGUCCUCAAGUCCUCAUAGAAUGUGCUGGGAGAGGAGUCAAAUCCUGUGUAAUUCAGAGCUACAAGAAUAACCCUAACUUCAACAUCCAAGUGGAUUGGUUUGAAGUGGAAUUGCCAGAGAACGAGCUCCUCCAUCCACCUCUGAGCAUCUGUGUGGUAGAUUGGAGGGCUUUUGGGAGGAGCACCCUUGUGGGCACCUAUACUAUCAACUGCCUCAAGCAAUUUUUGGGCAAAUCCAGGGAGCUCCCUGCCCAGGUCUCUGAAGUAGAUACAGCCCAACAAGUUCAAGCUGCACCUGAUUCACCAGUAGACACAGAACCAUCUGGAUCACUCAUCUCAUCCCAGGACCUUCCACCAGAUCAUAUCUAUGUUCAAGUAGAGCAGCCACCCACUGUGGUACUGGACACAGCCCAAGUUCAGACAGCCAGCCUAGCUCCCUUGGAUGUCCCUGACUCCUCACCCAUGCUGGAGCCUGAAAUCAAGCCUACAACUCUUGAGCUACCUAAGAAGGAAAAAGUAAAGGAUUCCAGGAAACUUUCCAGAAGAUCUACCAAAAGGAAAAAAAGGACCAUAGCAGAUGAGUCUGCAGAAAAUGUCAUUGAUUGGUGGUCCAAAUAUUAUGCUUCCCUGAAGAAAGUAUCAAAGGAAAAAGAGAGAAAAGACAACAAAGAUACCAAAACAGACGAGGUGGUAGUGACUAUAGAAGACACGCCAAAGAGGAAGAAAGAUAAAAUGUUCAAGAAGAAACCAAAGGAAGCAAACAUACCAAACCUAGCCACCUUGAAGAUAUAUGAUGGAGAUCUGGAGAAUGAAUUUAAUAAUUUUGAAGACUGGGUGAAAACCUUUGAGCUCUUCAGAGGCAAGUCCAUGGAAGAUGAUCACAGUAUCGAUGGAGACCGAGUAAUAGGGAAAUUCAAGGGCUCCUUCUGCAUUUACAAAAGUCCAGAGGACCCCAGCCUCGAGGAUGGAGGACAGCUUCGAAUCCAGCAGGGGAUUCCACCCAACCAUUCUAUCAAAGUCCUCAUCAGAGUCUAUAUCGUUGCUGCAUUUAACCUCAGCCCAGCUGAUCCAGAUGGUAAAUCUGAUCCCUAUGUUGCUCUAACCCUUGGCAAAACUGAUAUUAAGGACCGGGAGAAAUAUAUUCCCAAACAACUGAAUCCAGUAUUUGGAAGGUCAUUUGAGAUUCAGGCUACAUUUCCUAAAGAGACUCUGCUCAUAGUUCGGAUAUAUGACCAUGAUAUGAUUGGGUCAGAUGACCUCAUUGGAGAGACCAAAAUUGACCUGGAGAACCGCUUCUAUAGUAAGCACCGAGCAAUCUGUGGCUUACAGAGCCAGUAUGAGAUAGAAGGGUACAAUGCCUGGAGGGACACAUCCAAACCCACUGAAAUACUCACCAAACUCUGCAAAGAUAACAAGCUGAUUGGGCCUUACUUUCGACCUGGGGAGAUCCAGGUUGGAAACAAGAUCUUCUCUGGGAAAACAGUCUUCACUGAAGAGGGCACUGAUGAGGUUGUUGAAUCUUAUGAGCACUUGGCACUCAAGGUAUUACAUUCCUGGGAUGAAAUCCCAGAAGUUGGAUGUAAGCUUGUUCCAGAACACAUAGAAACCCGACCUUUGUAUCACAAGGAUAAGCCAGGAAUGGAACAGGGUCGCCUGCAGAUGUGGGUAGACAUGUUUCCCAAAGACAUGCCACAGCCUGGACCACCUGUUGACAUCUCUCCAAGGAAGCCAAAAGGUUAUGAAUUGAGAGUGAUAAUCUGGAAUACAGAAGAUGUCAUUUUAGAGGAUGAAAAUAUCUUCACAGGGCAAAAAUCAAGUGAUAUUUAUGUUAAAGGAUGGCUAAAGGGCAUGGAAGACGAUAGACAAGAGACAGAUGUGCACUAUAACUCUCUGACUGGAGAGGGCAACUUCAACUGGAGGUUCCUGUUUCCAUUUCAGUAUCUCCCUGCCGAGAAGCAAAUGGUCAUCUCUAAAAGGGAAAACAUCUUUUCCUUGGAAAAGACAGAACGGAAGAUUCCAGCUGAGCUUGUUCUCCAGGUGUGGGAUUUUGAAAGGCUCUCUUCGGAUGAUUUUCUAGGCUCUCUAGAAAUGAACCUCAAUGGCUUCCCUAGAGCAGCAAAAUCUGCCAAGGCAUGUGAUCUGAAAUCUGGCAGCUUGAGUGAGGAAAACAAAAUCUCCAUAUUCCAGCAGAAGAGAGUGAGGGGCUGGUGGCCUUUUGUCAAAGCUGGAGAGCUCACUGGUAAAGUAGAAGCUGAAUUCCAUUUAGUCACUGCUGAAGAAGCUGAAAAAAAUCCUGUUGGUAAAGCUCGGAAAGAACCAGAACCCCUGGACAAGCCCAACCGCCCAGACACCUCCUUCUCCUGGUUCGUGAGUCCCUUCAAGUGCUUGUAUCACCUCAUCUGGAAGAAUUACAAGAAGUACAUCAUCAUUGGCUUCAUUCUCAUCAUCCUUAUCAUCUUCCUGGUGCUUUUCAUCUACACGCUGCCUGGAGCCAUCAGCCGCAAGAUCGUUGUGGGCUCCUAGAGGACUUUGCUCCUUUUCUGAUUUUAUUUUUCAUUCAUUAUCUUCAUCAACAACAAAUAUUUAUUGCUAUAUGCAGAGACUUGUACUAGAUUCUUCUUGGGUGGGGGCAAGAGUAAUACAUGGAUGAAUGAAGUAUGACCUAAUGGGAAAUUAAGUGCAAAUCACUAAAGACUAAAUAAAAGAAAUGCUCUGGUCUCCUCUUGUCACAUAGAACCUUGCUCGCCAGACAGAAUGUCUUCUGAAAUGUCACCCAUUGCCAAGAUUAGAGACUAACUCCUAAUCUCGGUAUACUCCACUGAGACUUUCUUUUGUAGAAAUCAAUCUAUAUUUUGGGUGUAAAUGUAUAUUUUGUCUCAAUCUGGUAGGUUUAAACUAAUGUCUGAAAUUUUAGAACAAAUAUGUUUUCUGGUUCUGAUGAACAUUAUUUAUGACACAAGAACUAUUAUUUCUAAUUAGGUAAAAGCCCUAUCCUGUCCCUUAUGGGUAUAUUUUAUAGCUUUUUAGUGUUUUACAAAAGCAUAUAGUAUCACAUAUGAUCCUUAAAGCAGUGGUAUUAUUGUCAACAUUUUGCAAGUCAGGAAACCUGAAAGAAAUCAGAAAAAAAAAUCACUUAGCCAAGAGCACACAUCUGAUCAGUGAUGGGGCUAGGACGAGAACUCAAGCCUUCUGAUUUCCACUUCAGCCCUCUUCCCUGUACCAUGCUGCCUCCUUUUCCAUAUUUGAAUAAUUAGCUCAAGACAUGGAGUGGUCUGACCAUAGCAGCUGCAUGCCAACUGGAUGAGCCAAUAUCAGACAAAUGGUGGGCUCUGUCAAGUCCCAGAAGCUGAGCCAAGGCUCAUACAAGCAGGAUGCACUCACUUGCUAAUGUUUCAAAUAGGUUGUUCAAUUGUAUAACUAUUAAGUGUCUAAGAUAGGAUUUGAUCUCGAGACCUCCUGAUUCUACAUUCUACUACAUUAUGUAUGUACCUCCUCAAAUAUAGUACUUUCUGCUUUUAUAACAUGAUUUAUUUCAGCUUU